AAUAUUUCAGAGGAUGAGAUUUGAUCCUAUAUCGUCUCUUAUAGAUUGAACCCUUCUUGCCACUCAAGCUAUUUUUUAAGGGCAGUUCGUAGAUUUAUUUUUGACUGAAAAGUAAAAUUUGGUUUCCUAAUUAUAACGGUAUCACAAUUAUGAGGCUGAGAUUGGGCCACAGUUUACCAGACCCAACCAACAAACAAUUAAUUUAAUUACUUCUUUCCCGCCUCCGAAAACGCUUUUGUUUAGAAAGUAAAAGUGUUUACUGUUAAGCUGCGAGCUUCAGAGGAAUAACAUGCAGAGAAGGAGCUAUAGCAAGGACUUCAUAGCAACUACUGAUGGACACUCCAGAUAAGAACCGAAUUACUGCUACUUCACUCUCCAAGUUUGAGGAUUCUCCUGUCUUUAAUUACAUCAACAGUCUUUCUCCCAUUGAAUCAGCUAAGUCCAUACACAGUGGUCAGUCAUUAAACUUGCUGAGUUUUAGUUCUCCUUCAUCUGCGUUUGCUUCACCACAGAUCAGUUGCUUCAGAGAAUCAAGAUUUUUACCUAAAAGUAAUCAAUCCCCUGAUCCAUUCAAGCCUGAGCAUCCUCUCUGUGGAAAUGAAAACAAAGAAAGUGAAGGGGAUUCAGAAGUUGCUCAACCAUAUGUUAGGCGUGCUCAACAACUGAAAUGUCUUAUGCCAGAGAAUCCAGCUGAAGAUGUUAUUACUAAGCCGCUCAAUGAAUUCUUUGGGUUAGCUAUUCAGUUGUCAAAAACAAUGAAAUAUGGCUGUAGUAGCCCAGUUAAUAACAUGGUGUCUCAUGAUGUGGUGGAGACAAGCAAGGAGCCAGAAGAGGCAGCUAGAACAUUAUUGUUUCAAUCUAAUGAGGACAACUUGGUAGGGACUCAUGAUUUUGAAACAAAGACAAAUUUGCGCAAAAUUCUUCUAAUUGAGCAAAGUGAAGAAGUAGCAGAAUGUGAUUGGAGCUCACUGAUUUCUGAUUCCUCUGAUCUUCUAAACUCUAAUUCAUCCGUUGUUGAGUAUAAUUUUGAGGAACAAGACCAGACAACAGUGGAUCCUGGAAUGGUGUCUUUCAUCUCAACAGCCGUACAUUCCCAACAAGAUAAUUCCAAUUUUUUAAUGCAAAUGGUAUCCAUCACUCCUUGUGGUUCUUCCAAACAAAGUGAAAUAAGAGAACCAGUAACUCAGACUGGAGAAAUCAAGGAACUGAAGGAUUUGGAUCAGACACCUGAAUUUCUUUCUAGCACUCUUCUGAAUAAGCUAGUUGUUAGUGAUUCAAGAGCAGAAGUGGAUGAUAAGGGAGAAAAGUGUUGCCAGUCUAGCUGCAAGCAGCUUAAGAUAAGAAGACGUUGCCUGGUUUUUGAGAAGGCAGGGGGUCUUAAAAAGCAAGCUGAAAAUGAGUCUGACUGUAGUUCUUCAAUCCAGUUACAAUCUGAUCAUGAAGUGCCAUACAUAGGAAAGCAGUUGGUUCUAGGUAAGAGGGAAAGUAAAUACUCUUCAUCCAUAUUACCAGGUGUUGGAUUGCACUUGAAUGCUCUUGCAACUGCUUCAAAUAAUAGCAAGAUUGUCAAGUUUCAAACUCCUGGAAGGCAAGUAAUAAGUAUGAGAAGUUCCAUGUCCUCCGUUGGUUUUGAGACAUCGAGUCAAAAUCUUAAUGAUUCCUCAAAUCUUCAGUCCAUGGAAAGGGGUUCUAAUCCUUGUGACCAUGAAUUCAAGGUUAUGGGAAAUGCUCUGCAAACAUGCUCAAAUGUUGAUGGUGAAGAAUUUGACCAUACUAAUCCCAAGAGAAAGAGAUACAAGCCAGAGCCUGAUGAUGAAAGUAAGGCCUGCAAGCGCUGCAAUUGUAAGAGGUCGAAAUGCUUGAAGCUUUACUGCGAAUGCUUUGCUGCUGGCCUGUACUGUGUAGAGCCUUGUUCAUGUCAAAAUUGCUUUAACAAGCCUAUUUAUGAAGAUACUGUCAUGGAGACCCGUGGACAGAUUGAAUCUCGUAACCCACUUGCAUUUGCUCCAAAAGUGAUUAGAAGCUUUGACUCUGUUGGAGAUGGGGAUGAAAUUAACAAGACUCCAGCUUCAGCCAGGCAUAAGAGUGGAUGCAACUGCAGAAAAUCAAGCUGCUUGAAAAAAUAUUGUGAAUGCUUUCAGGGUGGUGUUGGAUGCUCUAUAAGCUGCAGAUGUGAAGGAUGUAAAAAUGCUUUCGGAAGAAAGGAUGGAGCUGAUGAUUAUGAGGAUGAAAGGGAAGAAUCAGAAGCCUCCGAAAAUAAUGAAUCAGACACAAAUUCAACUGAGAAUGUGGUCAAGCCGGGUGAAGAAGAGUAUCCAGAUCUUCUGAUGAUACCUUCUGAAGUUACCAGGGGUAAACGCUCAGGAUCAUGUCUUUCUACUUUUAGUCCAUCUCCUAAGCUGUCCACCAGCAUAAAGCUUCGAACAUCUAAUCUUUUCCAUCAGCCCAAGUUUGAAUCGCAACUUCGGGUGAUCCCAGAAGAAGAAACUCUCAAGAAAUUUGAAAGCAACUGCUCACCUACUGGUGGUGUGCAGUCAGCCUCUCCAAACUCAAAGAGGAUUUUACCGCCGGCUAAUGAGACAGGAUCUUCAAAAUUUAGGUACAGAACUAGGGAAUUGACUCUAGACAGGUAACAUUCCCAUCAGCCACCCUGAGAGAAACUCAGUAAUUUUUCUUCAAGGUACUGAGUGUGAGCCAAUUAAAGGUCUGGUAGAUAUGCCUACCUCUAGUUGGUAUGGCAUCUCCAACCACAUAAUACUAAAUAAUUACAUAAAUUUUAAUAUCCUGUAUUAUAUACAUUGGUAUGUCUUGUGUCGUACAAGUUCAAUGAAUUCAUGCAGUGUUCAAUUUGAUCCUGCAAUUUUUA